AUGCUGCCACACAAAGCGUCGAGUUUCGUCCAUCCCUUCUUGACAGAGUUCUCGGUGCACGACCACCUUCCCGCUCGCCUACCUUUGGCCGAAAGAUGGCCCAUACUCGCCCUCGGUCUCUCUGCAAUCUUCACUAUCGCCUACCUGGUCCAUAUCCCUUCUCCGCCAGGGUAUAGCGAGGAUCAAAAGCAUCCGACGGCGCAGCUGGCGUGUAAUGCCCUGCUACCGCUCGCGGUCUGUGCGCCUAUUUGGUGCUGGCUGACGGUGAACUUGUCUGGAGAGACCACUCAGUGGGCUGCAAUGUGCUCAUCCAUACGCUGGACCUUCUCACCCACUCGACCGAGCUAUCACCCCCUCACCCGACCGCCCUUCUUCAACUUCAUCCGCCAAACCCGGAUGUUCAAAGCGCUCAACCUCCCGCUGAUGGAGUACCGCCUGCACGGUCUCACUCAGUACUCUCCUCCCUACACUGGCAACGCUCCUCGAUACUUCCCUUCGGUGCUCAAUCACCUCGGCCACUUCCUGCUCCGCCUCUUUCUCUUCGACGCGCUCACGCUUGGUAUGCACCUGCUCGACCCGUCCAACCUUGGCGCCAUGGAUGCCGCUGUAAGCCCACAAGACUGGGACGCCGGUAUGGCAACUAUGGCGCACAACACGGGGUUGCCGCGCUGGAUCGUGCCGGUACUGAUGACGGCUGUAUCGACGAUAAUCACCUAUGCGGGCGUCGGGGUGGGAUGGGACCAGCAUGCGCUGAUGGCGGUUGGGAGCGGACUGUGGGCGCCAGAGGAGUGGCCCCCGGUCAUGCGGGCGCCAUGGAAGAGUCAGAGCCUGAAUGAGCUUUGGGGAGGGCGGUAUCAUACUUAUCUACGAAACGUCUUCCAUAUCUGUACCCUCCCCCUCGCUUGGCUGCCCCACGCAUUCCACAUCCCGCGCAUCUUCCUCGGCUCGGCUAUCCACCACAGCCUCCUCCUCUACCCUUUCACCGGUUCCUUCUCCUUCCGCGCCAAUCUCCUGCAGUACAUGAUCCCCGCGCUCGGCUGCUCUCUCGAGCGAUUGUAUAGGAAGUGGACCGGGCGGAAGGUGGGGGGGAAAUGGGGCGCGGUGUGGACGUGGACGAUAUUCCUUUGGAGCUGUUAUUACGGGACGAAGGAGUGGUAUUCGGUCGGAUGGGCGGAGAGGUAUCGCUGUGAUCUGGAGGAGGUCAGUCCGGUGGUGGCCGUCAUGAGAGCGCUGGGCUGGGAUGUCAUGAGGAAGGCGAAGGCUGAAUAG